AUGUUUUUUGUAUGUAAGAACAUUAGAAGCAGAAAAAGACUAUUAUAAUAACAAAGAUUGAGAAUGGCUAGGUACGGAGAAUCGUCUGGAAAUUAUCAAUAAGAUUAAAUCAACAUUUUCGAUCAUCUAUCUCCAGUUUCAAUUAGUGAAUUAAAUAACUAAGAUGAUUGCACCAUUUGCUUAUAAAAAUUGAAUGAUGAACUAGAGGUUAGACAAACAUGUUGCCAUCACAAUUUCCAUUCUUUAUGUAUAAAAGAGUGGCUUAAAAAUAAUAAAAAAGAAUGUCCUGUCUGCAGAUCUAAUUUAGUUCCAAAAGAUGGUAACAUAAAUACAAUUCCUCAAUAAUGA